CCCGUGAAUGAGCGUGAUGGUGGGUGAUUUGUGAUUGUGUACUGUGGAAUUUUGAGUAUUACGAGGAGUUAGGAUGAUACUGCCAACGUGUACCGGUGGAUGCUGCCGCUCAUGUGCUAGUUUUUGGUGGAUACCAAAGGCGCGCUAGCCCAAGUAAUGGCGUCGACGUGGCGGUGGGAGCAGCGAAAGCACUGCCAUAUCAUUCAACUGAAGCCUUUGUCACUCACAAAGGAGAAUAAAAGAAAGACUGUAGAGAAACGAAAAGGACUAGGGUAUGUGCAAAAACGAGUGAUGAGCCUGAGGGACAGAAGUGGUGGAUGUCUGUAGCGACUGAAUCGAGUGGACAGCAUUGCUGAUGCCAGAGGACGAAAACUUUUAAAUCUGCUGAAUCGAAACGUUAAACAGGGGGAGGGCACAAUGGGCCCGGGAUCAUCGACGGUAUACCCCUGAGCGAUGCAAGUAGUUGGGGCUGUGGCCCUGCUAGUGAGCAUGUGGCUCACUAGAGAAUGAAGAAGCAAAACGUCCGGACCCUAUCGUUGAUCGUCUGCACGUUCACCUACCUCCUCGUUGGCGCUGCAAUAUUUGACGUCCUCGAGUCCGAGACGGAGAAACGGCGCAAGGAAGUGUUGGAUGACAUUGAACGAAUGAUCAUACGCAAAUACAACAUAAGCGAGGACGACUUCAAGAUUCUGGAGACUGUGGUGCUGAAGACGGAGCCCCACAAGGCAGGCCAACAGUGGAAAUUCGCUGGUGCAUUCUACUACGCAACAACGGUCCUCACAACAAUUGGUUACGGGCACUCGACGCCGAACACGAUAAGCGGCAAGCUGUUCACGAUGUUCUACGGGAUAGUCGGUAUACCCCUGGGUCUCGUCAUGUUCCAGAGUAUAGGAGAACGAUUAAAUAAAUUCUCAUCCGUCGUUAUAAGAAAAGUCAAGCAACUGCUAAAUUGCAGAGACGUACAGGCCUCGGAGAUAAAUUUAAUAUUCGUCGUGACAUUUUUAUCGAGUCUGACGAUAACAGGCGGUGCAGCAGCAUUUUCACGGUACGAGGGCUGGUCAUACUUUGACUCAGUCUACUACUGCUUCAUAACACUAACGACCAUUGGUUUUGGUGACAUGGUGGCACUCCAGAAGGACAAUGCACUCGAGACUAAACCCGAGUACGUUGUAUUUGCACUGAUAUUUAUUCUUUUUGGUUUGGCAAUCGUUGCCGCAUCGUUGAAUCUACUGGUGCUCAGAUUUGUCACCAUGAACACCGAGGAUGAGAGGAGAGACGAAGCCGAGGCACUUCAAGCGGCGCAGGGAGCAGUGAGACUCGAGGGUGACGUGAUAACUGCAAACGGCUCGAUAUUAUCAGGCCAGAUGGGCAAUCAGGGUGAUACGAUAUCGCUGUACGACGAUGCAUCGGUGUGUAGCUGCAGGUGCAGUGGUUUUUACAGAAAAAGAAGGAGACCACGUUUUACAGUACGUCGUUCACCCGGUAAAAUAUCACAUCUGCUGCCGAUGCAGCAGUUUUCGGCCUCUAGUUACAGGGAGGAUAUACGUCCACCACCCCUCACGCCACUUCUACAACUGCCGACUAUAUAUCAACACAGAGCCAGCAUCUGACGUCCACCAUCGGUCAAAACUCUUCCCAUACAUGCUCAUGAGUUUAUUCAGUACCAGGCGCGACGUGCCUCCGUGUAAAUUCCUUAUUACUCUCAUUUUCCAUUCAACUCUUGAGGAUAUUUGCCAGACAUCGUGAAUGUAUUCUACCAGUCGUUAAAUAAAUUGUUCAUCCAUCAAACGCAGGAUUCAUCACAAAUACAGUACAUAUGUGGAUAUAUAUUAAUUAUAUGCACAUAUUUUCGUGAAUUAUUUUUUAUU